AUGGGCGCAUACUCGCAUUCCAACGGCUCCGUCGAAGAAACAACCUCGUCCACACGCUCGUUUUUUUCUCGCUUCGCCCUGCCGAUCCGCUCGCGUACGCGUAACCUCGCCGACUUCCACGUCCGCCCCGACGACCCCCACCGCCAGUACUCGGCUGGCGACCAUGUACGCGGCGCCGUAGUCUUGACCGUAGUCAAGCCGGUGCGCAUCACACAUCUCACCGUCACCCUACAUGGCUACGUCCGCGUCCACAAGGGGCCUGCCGUCAGCGAGCCUCCUGUCGCGAAUCCCGCCCUGUCUGGUCGGUCGUCGGCACAAUACCACGGAAAUGGUCACGCUUCGCUCUUCCAGGACGAGCAGGUGCUCAGUGGCGAGGGGAGGUUGGAGGCUUCGAAAUACGAGUUCAAUUUUGAUUUAGUGUUCCCCGAAAAGGGCGGCUCUCUGACAAACUCCAAGAUGCAAGCCGUUGACGAAAAGACAAUAACGGCUACUAUUGAGAUGCUCAAGGGCGGCGCAUUACCAGGAGACACUGUUUCCGUCAAGGUUUCUGUCCAGCAUAUCAAGCGGAUAAAGAGCAUGCACGGUGUUAUUGUCACUAUGUACCGCCAAGGCAGGAUCGAUACAGCGCCGCCGGCAUCAAUGUUCGCGGACAUCAUGACAAAAGAAGAGACCAAAAAGCUUGCGAAGGAAGACUACUAUCCACGGUCACGCACUGGUCUCGGCGGUCUGUCUCUGAGCUCUACGUCUUCACUAAGUGUUUUCAGGAAGGAUCUCUCGCAAUCGGUUGCUCCUCUGAUUAUUGACCCGGUAACACUGGAGACAACCGUAACAGCAUCCGUCAAGGUACCUGAAGACGUUUUCCCGACGAUCAAAGGUGUACCAGGAGAGAUGGUCAGCUUCAAGUACCAAGUCGAGGUUCUAGUCGAUCUGGGUGGCAGGCUGGCGAGUCAGCUUCAGGGCGGCGGUCAACCGAGAGUGGGACAGUUUGCUCCCGGGUCCGCUGCUGCAGAAGGCAACAACGCAGUUGUCAAUUCUUGGGGUGGAAACGUCAUAGACACGGAUCGGUUACGGCGCGAAAAGGGCGUGAUAUCCGUCGUUUUUGAGGUCAUUCUGGGAACAACGGACAGCUCGAGGUUGCGAGGCCGGAGUAACACGGUGCGGACGUACCAGAUGCAUGAUGGGGCGGCCAGCGGAGAGGACAUUUCGAGCCCUUGGCCGGUUGACGAUAUCCAUGCCGACGACGGCGAGAGCUAUUGGCCACUGGCCACCCCUCAGAAUCCCGGUACCCUAAGCAGGCAACCUACCAUCACGAUCCAACCUACGAGUCCGCCUGAGGAGAUGCAAGCGCCCGCCUAUAUCCCUCCACCGCAGGUACCAGACGAAGCGCGCUUGACAGACAAGGAACGUGCACGACGUCAAGAAGAGAGACUGUUGCCUAGUCAACCGCCUCAGACUUUGGAAGCAGGGCCGUCCGGAGCAUCUGCACCAGAACCGAAUAUUUACGACGCCGAAGACGAGGCACAGCCAGGUCCGUCGGCACCUCACGAGGGGCACCAUGCAGAAGAACAGCCGUCAGCGCCAACAUUGGACGAUUUGUCUACGGCUCGUGAAGCUCGCACAGAGGACAAGCAGGAACUCGAACGACAAAGGCUACUGAACGAGGCCAGCGCGCCGCCAGAAUUCCCAGACGAUUAUGACGCUGGGCCCAGCGCAUCAGCACCACCUGGUGAUGUAGCUGAGCCUUCGGCGCCCGCACUCAACGACGAGGAAGAAGAUUAUGGCGAGCAGUAUAGCUACAGGACAGAAGCAGCUGCUGGACAGUCCAGCCACGCAGCGGGCUCGGAACCCUUGCCGAGGUACGAGCGAUGA